ACAUUAAAUACAGUGACGCUGUAAGGAUAGACAGGAAAUACGCUGACAAAAAAAAUAUCCAUCGUUGGAAGUUAAAUCAUGAAGGGCGAAGACGUUUAUUUCGAUUACAACUUUGGGUCUGAUACUCCGAAGAAAAACAACGAACGAAUAUGGGCUGUUUUAAUUGCUUGCUUAGUGGCGGCGUUUGGCCCAUUCAGCUUUGGAUAUGGCAUGGGAUACUCGUCUGCCGCAGUGGUACAACUAUCGGACGUCAAUACGACUGAUCUGUAUCUGAAUGAGGCAGAGAUCACUUGGUUUGGGGUGAGUUUAACUCGCGUGUUUUUCUUAUGCAUUACAUUAGAUAUGAGUGCCCUUUUCUGUGAGAUAAAUAAGAUAGCGUGUUUUGUAAAUGCCAUAUCGAGUGCGGAAAUGCGGGUAAUCAGUAAGCUUAACUCCUGGUGGGCUUUUCUCCCGGACCUUUGCUUCUGAUAUCUUAACACCAACUUGCACCUCUCCAGAGUUCCACAGCAAGGAAAAAGUUAAUAUAAAGUGCCUCUAAUGUAAAUAUAUGUUGAUUCAGAAGAUAUUAAAUCAAAACUAGCAAAACACGAAUCUAUCGGACCAACCGGAUAUGUUGACUUAAGGUAGAGAUUAAAGACGUCGUAAUGUAAAAGAAGAAAAUAUGAAAGAAAUCAUAUGAAAUAGACAGUAAAAGCCAUUUCACUGCUCACGACGUUUCUGAGCAACACUUAACAACGAUACCACUUGCGAUAUGCUUCAAUUUCCUUAGUCUUUUUCGCAUUUAGCUCGGCGAUGUACCAACUCGCUUACUCUUUUAAGAGCCACUUAAAUAUGAUUUCAGGGUUGACAAACCACUGGCGUUGCUGUGUGAAAACAAAAGAGAAUAACUCUCUCGUGGUGCAACUGUAUAUGAUAAAAAAUGCGUCAUUUUAUGGCGUUGAUAGUUAGUCUCUAGGAUGAGACCAUGAUCUUUAUUUAAGGGAUCUAAGCAAAGAGAAAAAAAGUGCAUGCGUCACCGCUUGAUCGGUUAAGGGGUUAGUUAAAUCCGGUGUGUGAUUCGUAAUCACAUGGAGAUAAGCCAGACAUAGAGAUAUGCUUUUUGCUAAACGUCGGUGAAAUUUCCGCCUUACAAAUGUUAGUAUUAAACUCUUUGGCAAAACAUAUUAGCAUUAAUAUCAUCACUGCAAAUCAUAUCGUAAAUCCGUCAAUGGCUUUUAGCGAAAUAACUUUCGCGAUCAUUGCUACAUAUAUUACCUAAUCUUGUCGUCGAUGCAACACUCGUGAUGUCGUGACUCUUUGACCUGCCUUUUCCCGGUGAUGACAGUUUGUAUUCUGACCGACCUACCAUGCUGGAUACGAUAUCACGCGCCUAUUUAUCACGUGGAAGUUCCUUUUCAGAAAGUUCCUGUAAAAUUUAUGCCAAAAAUUAUGACCUUGCACAAAUGGCUUUACCGAAAAACAAAAAGAAAGAUCCUCUAGGAGGUUCCAAGAGAAAACCUCAGUCGAAAAAACAAACAACAAACAAACAAAAAAACAACAACAGCAAUAACAUCAACAAGAGGACUUUAAGCGAUUUUUCCCAAUCGAACUUUAAAACGUAAGGCCAACUUUUGCAAGUUUCAAUUAAUUUCCUUUUUUACACGUCAUUAAACAAAGACACGUACAGUUUCAAUGAUAAAUUUUACCAGGAAUCAGGGCACUAUAUAUUUUCAUUUGACUUUUUAGACCGACACUGACACUGUUGAAUUUUUCAAUCAGCUCAAUCAAAAUCUUGGAGUAAUCCUGGUCGUCAACAUUUGUGAAAUCGCAAACUGUAAAACGAGUUUUUUUCAAAGCAGCCUUUUUCGUUUAAAAUACCCCUGACAAUAUUAAAAGAAAGAAAAAAAACUGAUCGUGAAAGGAGGGAUAUUCCAUAAAAGGUUUCUUAUCUCCCAUAGGAGAGAAAAAAAGCCGCACACAGUUUGUUAACUUUGGUCAGUAUUUCACAAUGAAUGACGCAGAUUUAUCACGCGAGUGUAAUUUCCGUAUUCAACUUUACAGCUGGGUCUUACAUAAGGCAAAUUUUUUCACAUAGGCUAUAGUCACGUUUGCGAGAUUAUUUUUGUAAGGUACAAGCAAGCUCAUACCUCACCCCUGGUCUUGUUUCCUGUGUUCCUGUACGUCAGUGCAGUGAAAUCUGCACGAGCGGAUACCCGCGCGAGGGACUGUCUCUCCGAUUAAGAAUGUUUCGCUGUAUACAAAAUAUGGGAGAAUAAAGGACUUUUGUUUCCGCCACAUCACAUCUUAAUCAAAGGUGAAACACGAACAGCGGCGAUGAACAUUGUAGGCGCUUUGUAUGCUCGUCAGCAUGCAAUUUUCAAAACUUUUUGUCGUUAACUAUAACGGUCACUUUUGAAAAUGUAUGUUGAUUAGCAUUUUUAUAUCAAGUUGAUAUAAAUAUGUUUCAAUUUACAACGUUUAUCACCUCGCGGUUUGUGAUUUAUUUUUUUCUGGGGAAAAUAUAUUAACUUUGGGAGUCGCAUACGUUCGUGUUCGCGUAGAAGUCUGAAUGUUGGCCAUCUUCAGUUAUUGCAAUUUGAAUAUCGAAAUUGUGUUUGAAAAAAUAAAGUAAGUUUUCAAAGCUAUUCUUCUGAAACUUUGAUGUAGUUAAGCUUUUAUAAUGUCACGAUUUUCACUUAUUUUCAAACGCCGAGGAAAAGAAUGUUCGUAACCAUGGAAACCACUGUCAACAAACCAUGUGUCAUAGCUACCUUACUAAGCCAAAAAGGUCUUAAACCGUCCGUUUUCACUCUCGAACUUUCUAUUGAAUUUGCGUUCUGUUAUCCUUUGGUUUACUUCUUUAUGAAACGCGACUGAAUAUUAUAUACAUUAUUUUAUGCAAUCUUAUUUAACCUUUAUUCAAAAGUCAAACGUUCUGCAACGGGGAUGCCAUCAUGCAGGACGUAAAUGAAUAAAAAUUAAAUUAAAUUGAUAAUAAAAAGAAAAAAGUAUCCCAAAAUAGAUAAAACUGAUAAAAAGAAUAUACAGCAGCGUAUUUCCUUUAUAUGCGCUGCCAGCCCAUUACAUCCGAGAUUACAUAAUCGAGAGUCUGAGAUUGUGAAAGAAAAAAGUUGCCUCGUGUUUGCUUACUGUUUUUAAAAUCACAAGUUUGUCACUGUCUUUUGUUUUUUUUAGCUUAUGUUCUGAUGAACAAUAGUUAAUUAAAUUUCACCAGCGGGGCUCCUUGUUUCUCGUUUUGCGAUAUUACCGUUCAUCUUCGACCUUUUGAAGUUCGGAACGUGUAUAGACUAACUACCAAACUACCAGGCUCCAAGACAAAUCUAACACGUCGCUAGUAGGGAAAAAAAAUGCAAAUUGUGCGUUAUUUAUUUAACGCAAAAUAAAUAUUUUUGUUUUAACACAAAGUUCCCUCUCUCCCCCAUUAUUUGUAAUCUCAAAACGGUAAAAAAAUCGCCAAAUUUCGGGAAGUUUCCAGAUUUUCUUGCCUAAGCUAUUAGUUCAUUUUCCUGUUCCGCGAGUUCGCUUUGCGCUCCCUCUUUCCCGUUUUACUAUGUUUUUACCUUUACCCUCCUUAAUUUGUUAGAAAAACACGACUUUUAAUGAUUCUGAAGUUUUGGCAAAUGGACCAAUAACACGAUAGUAUUUGGACAAAACAUCUUCUUAAAAUGUGACCCCGCUUGAACUUGCUUACCCUCCAUAAAUUUCCCUUGUUUAUAAUUGGAUAAUUGGUCAGUUCAGUUUGAUUCUAAAUCAUGUGAGGGCUCGUUUUGCAACUUACCGUGUUUCAUUUACGGCUCAGAUUCUUAGGCAAAGGACUGCGUUCUAAUGUUAUGAAACAUUGUAAAUGCAAGUUAAGGAGGAACUAACAAAUUUAUUUACCUUCACUUCAUAAGUUUCAAACUUUUGUUAUUUGUUUCCGUACCUUACAGAAGUUCAAAGGUCGAUAAAACUAAAUUUAGUUUUAACGACUCAAACGAUUUCAAGCGCUCUGUUAUAGCACGUUUCAGAGUUUGAGAACAGUAAAGCCAUCUGCACAUAUAAGUUUAUCAUAAUCGUCUUACAUAGAAGUAAAUUAAAACCGUCUUUACAGUAAAGAUAACAAUUCAGCUGGAACGAGCCCAACACUAGCACUGAAAUUAGAGAGAUUAAUUAAAAUAUAGAAAAAUACAAAUGUAAGCACAUCAUCGACGUGAUACGGUAGCCAGGAACAUAAGAACACUGUUCAGUGAUCAAACGAAUUAUGCCAAGGCAAAUGAGAAGCUUUCAAGGUUUUAUUUACUCUGCUGAGUUCAUAUACGUGAUCUACGACGUACUGUGCAGAUUGUGUAUUACCAGAAAAUCAGGGGCACCCAACGGAAAGUUUUGGGAAAAAGACCUAAAAGCAACAACAAAGCGUAAAUAAAGCUUUCUGAAGCCGUUUGAAGCAUUUUGGGAAAUUGCUGGGAAAAACAUUUAUCUGCUCCUCACUCCCAGGAAGACUGAUGGAAGUGUUCCCAGCCAGCAAGGUGCACCUACAACCUACAACCUGACUUAGUGGGAAGACGUAUGUCCAGAUAUUACUAGCCAGUUUAGUGUGGUCCUAGGCCAAAUUCAGACCUUCAAGGAGGGGGUGGUGGGGUUUGGAUAGAAAAAUGAGUCUAAUGUCAUGGAGACAUUCACCCCUUCAGUGGGAGGGGGCGGGAGGAGAGGUUUCUGACUAAUAACACAUGGAAGCUAUUCUAGACAUCAAAUCCACUCGGACACCCUGAAUUGUCUUUUUGCUAGCAACAUUUUCCUUCCAAGGAUAUAUUAUUUCUUCCACAUCUCCCAGCCAGCAAAAAUUUCGCUGAAGAACCGAUAACUUGAGGAACAGGUUCAAUGGGUGCCCCUGGAAAAUAACCAUAACCCUAACUUCUCUACUAUGUUUAAAACGAUGAAUUAAAAUGGAGCAAAUUGCAUGAUAGGUUACUAGGUUCAAUCUCCACUACUUUCUCGGGCGAGAUCUUGAACCCGUCCCCGAGAAGAGCCUUACAACCGUGGGGAGGAGCGCAGUCUCAUUUCUCCAAUAAUGGUUGGUGAUUGAGUCUAAUGAUUAGAAGGAAAUACUCUAUUGCAAUAACAUUGUCUUGGAAAAUUUCCAAGAGGGAAAAUGACAAAAAAAAGGAAAAGGAGAAAGCCAAAUAUAUAUCAAUUAGGCUUUAAUACUAAUAAACCUAGAUUAGGCUCGAAUACCAGCCGCUGUUCGAGAAAUGACCCCGCACUCAACCCCCACCCCCGAACAGACUUUGCUCGGGGAAGACCAAGAGAGCGGCGAAAAUCGAGCCUAUGGCUUCAUAGGAUAAAUUUACGUUUCUGGGAAACUGCCCACCGACCCCUCCCCUAACCCAACCUUUUGCCCUAAGUGAGACGUAAGUGUUCAUGUUGACUUAGGGGAGGGGUUGGUGGGCAGUUUCCCAGAAACCUAAAUUGAUCGUCUUCAUUAUGCAUAGCCUAUGCAUAGGGUUUUAUAAUUAGGGUGUGAAAACAAAUGCAAAUGCGAUGGCUGCUCGCGAAUUAGUAUGGUGCGAAUAAAAAUAAAUAAAUAAAUAAAAAUGCAUGCUAUAGUGGAUUAUUGCGGAGGAGUAGUAAGUCUAAUUAAUUCCUAUUUGGCUUAUACAUUUUUUAUCAUGCCUUUAAGCAUUCUUCAAUGACGACUUUAUUGCAGUUAGAUGUAUGUGACGUGUAGUAACACUAAUCAAUUUUGGAAACUUUCUUUCAACAACAGUCACUUCUCAACAUUGGCGCAAUGAUAGGUGGCCCAAUCGGAGGCUGGGCAAUUGACUUCGUCGGUCGCAAGAUCGCUCUUAUGAUCACUGCGAUUCCAUUCACUGGCGGCUGGCUCUUAAUUGGCUUUGGAACGAACGCGGCACUUUUGAAUUCCGGAAGGUUCUUCUCUGGCCUGGGUGUUGGGAUGGCAUCGCUUAUUGUUCCGGUAAGUUUAACUCUUGAGCUCAGUUGUCGGAAGGGAAUUCUCCCCAAAUUUUAGGUUGCCUAAACUGUAAAACAGCUGAUUUUUGUCAAAAUCGCUUCCGCAAGGCGCUAAGCGCCGGCGCGAGAUUUGUGCGUGAAGCGCGCCGCGAGCCUUCUUCUAACUAUUCGUUUUCACACUCACUCCAGACUUUCGUUUGACCACUUGUGUACACGUUCUAAAACUCGGCAAAAUAGGAGCCGUUUUGCAGUUUAUAGGUCACACAUUUUACUUGCUUGAUUUACUGUUAACCCAGGAUUGAGUUAACUUGCUUAUCUAACCGGGCCCAGAUUGGGCCAUCAAAUUUCAGUCGCCGCUUUUCCUUCAUUCACGACCAUAUCAUUGAGGACCACCGAGCGAGCGUUUCUUAAUGAAAGCUGUUACUCAGAUUGGAUUGUUCUUAAAAUAAAGUUUUUUCGUUAGAUAGUAUCAGUGUUGGUCCUAAUGAGAUUUGACAUUUCCUUGUAGGUCUACAUCUCCGAAACUGCCCCAAGUCGUCUUCGAGGAGUAUUCGGAGCCUUUAACCAAAUUGGAAUCGUUACUGGUAUUCUAAUGUCGUACGUAAUCGGUUAUGUUGUGGACUGGCGUUGGUCUGCCAUAGCAGGAGUGGGACCUCCAACGUGUCUGGUUAUAUUCAUGUUUUUCAUGCCAGAAACCGCACGAUGGUUGCUGGCUCACAACAAAGAAGAACGCGCCGAACGAACUUUGACGUGGCUCCGAGGACCGAAUGUUAAAAUUGAAGGCGAGAUAAAAGAGAUUAAGGAGAGCUUCGGUAAGCAUCUACUUAUGUGUAACACAUGACGCUACUGUCAGAUUAAAAAGACCUCUUUAGGUAAUUCAUCGUAGCUUAAGUGCUUAUUCUUAACAACAGGUUGUUCUUGUCAAGUAAGCCUGAAGAAUAGGCGUUAUCUUUUACGCGUUUUUCAACGCCCGCCCACGCCCGAUAAAUAGAAAAUAGUUAUUUUAAAAAUUAAAUUAUGGUCUAUCUUAUACACCAUCAUUUAUGUUGCUUUUAUCAGACCACCAAGAGAAGAUGUCAUUCAGAGAGUUUCUAAAUCCAAGUAUCCUUCGGCCCUUCUGCAUCAGUAUGGCGUUGCAUUUUUUCCAGCAAACAACCGGGAUCAACGCCGUUAUGUUCUACUGCGCUACAAUCUUUCAAACAGCUGGAUUUCAGAACGAAAGCACCAUGGUAUCAAUUCUGAUAGGUUUGAUCCAGUUCCUGGCUUCAGCGGUAUCUCUGCUCAUGAUCGAUCGAGGCGGACGCCGUUUUCUGCUUAUUGUCGGUGGAACAGGCAUGUUCGUCAGCUGCUUCGCAAUGGGCGCGUACUUUUUCAUGACGAUCAACGAUGCCGCGUCGUACCCUGGUAUCGAGAUUUCAUGGUUAGCGGUCACAAGCAUUGCCGUAUACAUCGUUGGUUUUGUAAUGGCAUGGGGUCCUUGUACCUGGCUGAUAAUGAGUGAGAUCUUUCCCGUGAGGGCCCGGGGCAGGGCUAGUGGAAUCUGCACCCUUUUUAACUGGUUCUGUUCAUUUGUGAUCACAAAGACAUUUAGCGGUCUUCUCAAAGCUUUCACGGCAGCCGGAACCUUCUGGUUUUUUGGAAGUCUAGCGUUUUUAGCAGUCCUGUUUGUCUUCUUUUUUGUACCAGAAACGAAAGGCAAAUCAUUGGAAGAGAUUCAACAGUAUUUUGAAAGCAAGGGAAAAAACAAUUCUAAAAACCCCACCCCGGAUCGAGAGACUGACGUGUGAUUAUGACAACAUGCUGGCCUUACACUUACCAUUUGCCUAAGAAACAUAAAUUAAAUGAAGCAACCAACUUUUAAGAAAUGGACUCCAUCAACUAAACGACCGCACUUGGUGACUAGUGAUCUGAAAUGCUGUACAAACUCACCAAAAUAGACCUUCGCAUGGUGCCUUUCACAAGACACAAAAAGACCUUUUCAUUAAGAGACACUAGAGGGAACACUAGGUAUUAUUUUGACCUACCGAUCCGUUGUUGCGCAGCGUCGUCAUCCAGCCUAUCCAGACCGCCUUAUAUCAAAAUCAACUGUCUCUUCCGUUCAUGCUAAUGUGCGUUAAUUACGGGUAAAAGCGAAAAAAAAAAAAAAAUAUGCCGAACCUGCAGUGUAUAACUGUUGUAGCAAUCCUUUUGCUCUCAAGGAUUUGACGAAAUGUCUCUCCAUAAGCUGCGGCCGAACUGCUGGGGGCUGGGGAGGGAGUACCUACGGAUUUCAAAUGACGGGGAUGAUCGAGGGAGGGGGCGUUGUUGAAAGCCCUAGGAAUGUUUAAGGUUUUCCUUUUUCCCUAUUCACCCCCCUCAUUUGAAAUCCUUCUGGGCUGAAUGGUGCCUUUCUCGUUAUCCCCCGAAGUUCAAGAGUGAAUCUAGUAUUACUGCUUUAAGGUAGCGUUAAUUAAGACAUCCUUGGAGAUUUAGAGACCCGGUAUUAAAUAAGAGCAAUAAGAAAUGAAGACUGCCAACAAGAAUCGGCACGACCACGAGGGAAUCCCUGGAGAACGUGGUCAUUGUAAACCCAUGACAGAAUGUUUCCAGUGUCACUUUCGUUCUUUCUCCUACUAGGUGCAGGCUUAGAUUUUCAAGGAAGUUAGUUAAGACGUUAAGCUAUUGCAUUAUUUUGCUGCAAUAAUAAGUGUGCUUGGCAGCAGCAAACGAGAGAAUGGAUAAAUUAGAGUAAACAACUGAAAGGGUGCGUUCGAUUGAUCGUAUUCCGGAAUAAGAACACGCCAACGUUUUGUAGCAAAUCUCUCUCACCGUGCUCUUUGGGCCACUUAAACGCUUCAGUCAUCGGGAUAUCUUAUUUCAAGCAGAUAUCUAGUUAUUGCAAAGCAAUGACCGCUAAAAUGAGUGAUUUCAUGAGUUCAUUCCACUUAUUCUUAUUUCGUAAUACGGUGAGUCGAACACGCCCAGAAACAAACGCUAAUCAAAAGUACGGCGCAGGUAGUAAUGGUCAAAACAUGCCCAGUUCGACUAAUUGUUGUAUGGUAAAGAUUUUGAUUGCUUAAGUCUACUGAUGGAGUAAAUUGGCUAGUGUUCUAUUACUACUUUUAUGGGGCAUGGCUUUCAGGUUAACCUGUUUCCAUUGCUAUGGGGUAGACCAUUUACAAAAGGAUUUUUUCUCAGUUGUUGUUGUACGCAUAAGACUGUUAACUCGGUGUAAGAUUUUUUGUAUAUAAAUAUUUAAUUGUUUUUUUCUGAGACUAAUGGUCGCACUCUAAGUGCUUUUCGAUUUCAAGAUAUUUUUUUCCUUUAUCGACAAAAUGGAAACUUAUCUAGAUGACAGAACGAUAGAAUGCUGGCACAGGUUGACCUAACUGUCACGCCACGUGAAAUGUCUUUGAAUAUGAUUGGUUUGCCAGAUUGUCCGCGCAUGCGCCUGUUGUCAUUUUAAUGGUUUGCCAGAUUGUCCGCGCAUGCGCCUGCUGUCAUUUGACCCUUUCUUCUUCUUUAAAGUAAAAUAGGUCAAUGUUUCUAGAAAG